CCGCCCCGCCUCGCCUACCCUGAGUCCCCGCUCCGCCGCGCAGCCCCUCUGAGACCCGGCCUCCUCCCUCCGGGCCUUGUCCCCCUACUUGGAGCCUGCGCGUUAUUGUCGGCGUCUCCAUGGUGACGAAGAUUGACCGUGACGCUGCGGCACGCAAUACGCGUUGCGUAGCGACGCUCGCCGAACGGCGCGCUCUGAUUGGCCGGAUUUGAAUCACAGCAGCGCGGGGGCCGAUGGGAGCGGAGGGAAAGUUCAAAUCGAAUGAUCACUAGGUGAGCGAGAGACCGACCCUCCUGCCAGCACCGCCCGGCCACCGUCCCGGGACCCGAGAGCGCGGCCAGGGCCCAGCACCAUGAAGGCGGCUAGAACUAAAACUCCUAGAAAACCAGUGCUAAAGAAGUCAUCCAACACAAGUCUGAAAGAUCCAGUUGGGGUGUACUGCAGGGUGCGUCCCCUAAGUGUUCAGGAUCAGGAGUGUUGCAUAGAAGUGAUCAGUGAAACAACAGUUCAGAUUCAUCCUCCUGAUGGAUACAGAAUAUUCCGGAAUGGGGAAUACAGGGAGAUGCAGUAUACGUUUAAGGAAGUAUUUGGAACUCUUGUCACUCAGAAAGCACUCUUUGAUGUGGUGGCUCGACCUCUCGUAGAAGAUCUCAUUCGUGGGAAAAAUGGUCUCCUUUUCACAUAUGGUGUGACAGGUAGUGGGAAAACGCACACAAUGACAGGUUCUCCUGGUGAUGGAGGACUUCUUCCCCGGUGCUUAGACAUGAUCUUCAACAGCAUAGGACCAUUUCAGGCCAAGCGAUUUGUUUUUAAAGUUGAUGACAAGAACGGUGUGGAUGUGCAGUGUGAAGUUGAUGCUUUAUUAGAGCGUCAAAAAAGAGAUGCCAUGCCAAUUCCAAAGACUCUGUCUGGCAAACGACAAAUAGAUCCAGAAUUUGCUGAUAUGAUCAGUGUACGAGAUCAUUGCAAAGUGGAAGAGGUUGAAGAAGACAAUGUCUACAGUGUGUUUGUCUCAUAUAUUGAAAUCUACAAUAACUACAUAUAUGACCUGUUGGAGGAAAUUCCCUUCGAUCCAAUAAAACCAAAGUGGAACAGUUGCAACACUCCUGUGCGGAAUGGUGAUUUUAUACCUCCACAAUCCAAAGUACUCCGUGAGGACCAGAAUCACAACAUGUAUGUUAUAGGGUGCACCGAAGUAGAGGUCAAAUCUACUGAAGAAGCUUUUGAAGUGUUUUGGAGAGGUCAAAAGAAGAGACGGAUUGCUAACACUCAGCUGAAUCGCGAAUCUAGUCGUUCUCACAGUGUGUUUAUGAUUAAGUUGGUUCAGGCGCCACUGGAUGCAGAUGGAGAUAAUGUCCUGCAGGAGAGAGAACAAAUAACUUUAAGCCAGCUGUCCUUGGUUGAUUUAGCUGGAAGUGAAAGAACGAACAGGACAAAAGCUGAAGGAAACAGACUACGGGAAGCAGGUAACAUUAACCAGUCACUUAUGACAUUAAGAACAUGUAUUGAAGUUCUACGGGAGAACCAAAUUUAUGGAACCAACAAGAUGGUCCCUUAUCGAGACUCCAAAUUAACCCACCUGUUCAAGAACUACUUUGAUGGAGAAGGAAAAGUGCGUAUGAUCGUGUGCGUUAACCCCAAGGCCGAGGACUAUGAGGAGAGCUUGCAAGUCAUGCGAUUUGCAGAAAUGACGCAAGAAGUUGAAGUUGCGAGACCUGUUGAUAAACCACUUUUUGGCUUAACCCCCGGACGCCGAUUUAGAAACCAGGCCUUUAAGGAUGAACUCUCACGAAAACUUGAGAUUCGAGGUGGCCCAAUCAGCGGAGAAACAGAAGAACAAUCUGUUGCAGAAAUGCUUCUGCAGAACUUCCCUCCGUUACCAUCAUGUGAACUAUUGGAUGUGAAUGAUGACCAAACACUUCCUAGGCUGAUUGAAGUCCUUGAGAAACGCCACAAAAUGCGGCAGAUGCUGUCAGAGGAGUUUACCAAAAAUGUGCUCGCAUUUAAAACUAUGCUGCAAGAAUUUGAUAGCAGCAUUGUUUCCAAGGAAAACUACGCCCAAGGAAAACUCACGGAAAAGGAGAAAAUGAUAGCAGGACAGAAAAUGGAGAUUGAACGACUGGAAAAGAAAACUAAAACAUUAGAGUACAAGAUUGAGAUUUUAGAGAAAACGACCACAAUUUAUGAAGAAGACAAACGUAAUUUGCAGCAAGAGCUAGAAAACAAGAGUCAGAAAUUGCAGCGGCAGGCUUCUGAUAAGCGUCGAUUGGAAGCACGGUUGCAAGGCAUGGUGACAGAGACAACAAUGAAAUGGGAGAAGGAAUGUGAACGCCGUGUGGCAGCAAAACAGCUGGAGAUGCAGAACAAGCUGUGGGUCAAAGAUGAGAAACUGAAGCAACUGAAAGCUAUUGUUACUGAACCAAAGAAUGAAAAACCAGAGAGGCCUUCACGGGAGAAGGACCGGGAGAAAGCUUUUCAGAGAUCCGUGUCCCCGCCGCCAGCACCAUUUUCUAGUAACUAUGUUACUCAAGUCCCUAACAGCCAACCUCUCAUGAGCCAGCCACAGCUGCAUAGACGCUCUAACUCUUGUAGCAGCAUUUCUGUGGCAUCCUGUAUUUCGGAGUGGGAGCAGAAAAUUCCUCCAUACAGCAAGCAUACCAUUGGCACACCUAAGGCAAGGAGUAGACAACAGGAACCAGAGCAAAAUAGAAACUGUAAUGUGUCAGACAGAAGGCGAGGGAUGCACUGGACUGGAGUCAUUGAGGUCCCCAGCCGUAGAGAUGAGAUAGAACUAGAAGAGGACCAAUGCUGCAGGACUGCACCUCCAGUUCGUCUCAGACACAGACGAUCACGUUCAGCGGGGGAGAGAUGGGUAGAUCAUAAGCCACCUUCUAAUGUGCCCACUGAAACAGUCAUGCAGCCCCAUGUCCCCCAUGCCAUCACAGUAGCAGCUGCAAACGAAAAGGCACUAGCUAAGUGUGACAAGUACAUGCUGACGCACCAGGAACUAGCUUCUGAUGGGGAGAUUGAAACUAAACUGAUUAAGGGUGAUGUUUACAGAACCAGAGGUGGUGGACAGGCAGUCCAGUUCACGGAUGUAGAGACUCUAAAACAAGAAUCACCAACUGGUCGAAAGCGAAGAUCAUCACCUUCAAGUCCUACUCCACCAGAAGACGCUGCGGAAUCUGAAUGGACAGAUGUAGAAACCAGAUGUUCAGUAGCUGUGGAGAUGAGGGCAGGAUCCAAUCUAGGACCCGGAUAUCAGCAUCAUGCUCAGCCCAAGCGCAGAAAACCAUGAGCUGGAAUUCACUGUUGUACUGGAAUACUGUUCACAAAAUGGGGAUUUUAAUAGUUCUUCAGAAUUUGCUGCCAGUGAAGUCUUGGUAAAUUUAGUGCUAUGCUAACGCUGCAGACUUGCAUUUUAUAACAGCCUGUGCUGGACAGCAAGCAGCUAAGGGAAAGUUGUUUUUUUUCACAAUUCUGAGGAAAUGCAUGUAUCCAACGUAUUUGUUUUUUGCCCUGAUGUGUAUUAUGGAUAACUCUGAAGAGAGCCUUCUGUUUUGUGUGUGUGUGAGCCUCUUGAUAUUCUAUAUCUUUUGUAGACUGAAUCAUGCAAGGCCUUUGUUUUGUGUUUUUGCCAGGUUUUCUUUUUACAGUGUAAAACUUUUUCAAGUUUGGUCACAAUCCUUUGUAUGGUUGUUUUUAAAAAAGAAGAAAAAAUACACAAUUGCUGCUAUUUAUUUAGCUGCAGUAAUGCACUUUAGAAAUAUUUCUAUGUCCAUUCAGGUUUUUAUUAUACUUAGCAACAAUUAUUAAUAUGAACUACCCAUCAGAACAAUUAUCCAAUAAGAGAUGGGACUUAAUUGUUGGACUGACAGUGUUGUACAUAUAUACAAUCCUCUUCUGAAACUCAUUUCAGUCUUUGAGACAGCCUAAUGACAAAAAGCAGGAAUCUUGAAACAGUGCAUAAUGGUGAAUUGGUGUCAUACCUAUUCAGUUCUGUGCAAUGAGUAACUGUUAUGUGAUGCUGAUUACAUCAGCAGAUGUGGGGGUGAAGGUAAUAUGCUCACUUGUUAGGUGACAAUUCUAUUACGCAUGGAUCUGCAAAUGUGUUAAAAUAAAUACUUUUAUUCAAUGGCUCUUA